AUGAACAAGCGGCCAUGCAAGAAGGCACGACUUUGCUCCACCUCGGGCGAGGAAGAAGCUGACUUGCCACCUGGUGGCUCCCUGUGGGACCUGCUGAGCAGCCUGCCGGACCUGGUGCUGGCCCACCUCCUCAGCAUCUUCCUUCCGCCCUCCCACGGCCUGCGCGUGCUGCCGAACCACAGGCGGCGGCUCUACCACGCGGCCAAGGCCUUCCUCGAGCGCGGCGACGACCCCGCCACUCCCUGCCCAGAGAGCUUCUGGCACGAUGACACGGACCAGUACGGCCACCACACGCUCGCGCCGCGCAUCGACGCCGCGGUGCUGGCCCUGCGCGCCACGUGCCGCGCCCUGCGCGACCGCGUGGACCUGGUGCUGCGCCUUCCGCCGCUGUCGUUCGUGGACCAGCUCCACGCGUGGCUCCGGGAGCAGGUCGGCCCCGCGGCGCCGGCCAUUGGCGACAUCGAAGCCGCGCGGCGGCUGACCCAGCAGGCGAGCGCCCUCACCGGACGAGCCCACGCGCUGCUCCACCAACUGCGGCUGGAGGAGGUGGUGGAGGAGGUGUGUCGAGAAUGGAAGAUCGGGCGGGCCAAGCGCAGAGCACUCGCCCGACUGACGCGCCCCGAGGAGGAGGGGGAGGAGGCGGGGCAGCAGCCGCGGCUGCGGGUGGUGCACUUGGCCCACAGGAGCGACCUGGUGGGCGGGGUCGGCUGCCAGGCCAUCGACGCCAGCCUCACGCUCUCGCUCCCCGGCCUACCCACGGUGGAGCUGGUGGAGAUUGGUCUUGUGUCGGAGUUGACCUACGAGACCGACCUCACGGUGCUCCUCGCGCUCCACACGCGCUCGACGGAGUGGUGCCGCCGUCUGGGCCUCUCCACCGCCCAGCCGCCGCCGCCGCAGCCGCUCGACGCUUCCGGCCACCACCCGGCAGCAGCGGCGGCCCACGACGCCGACGGCGGCGAACAGUCGACGACGCGCGCGCUGAUCGGGUGGAGCCAGGGCGAAGCGCGGCUGCACACGGCCCUGCUCGCCAAGCUCUGGGCCGCGCUCGGCUUCGCCUGCCGCCCCGGCCUCGUCGGCGACGACCCGAUGACGAUAGAAAAGAACGAUGACGACGACGAGGUGUGGGGCGGGCACGAGGUGGCGGCGGUGCUGCUGGGCUGCCUGGGCUUCAUGAGCCGCGCCGACGUGCUCGACGCGAACCCCUUCAAGGCCGGGGGCGCGGUGGACGAAGACGCCGAAGACGACGAGGCGCGCGAGCUGGCCGACGCAGAGUGCGUGGAGCGGACCACGGCGAGAUUCAACGAACGGCGAUCCGUGGUAUGUGUGUCCUGUGUGUCGUGCGUGUCGUGCGUCCGCUGCUGA